AUUUCCACCUCAAAGCGCGCCCAUGGUCUCGACUUGGUCCAUGACAGUUUGUUAAGACGAAAGCAUGGUAAUUCUACUACUGAACUGUACAGCAUCGGACGCCCUGUAAGCCGCUUAGGUAAGGAAAAUGUGGAGGCCCCGCAGACUUUUCAUUUCAAAAUCCGAUAGCACCGACAGCCGAGGGUGCAAAAGUGGACAACAUCCUUACACGCACGGGCGGAUACCACAGGGGCUGUACAGAUGCCCCAAUCUGCUGCCAAGAGUAAAAGUUGGGCCGGCUUGAAGCGUGCGAUUUGUCGUCUCUUAUUUACAUUUCAAAACCUCAUUCAUUGUCAUUGAAUAUUCCGUCUAUUCAUGCGGGGAAUUUCCUGCCUACGUCUCUUACCUACCUACCUAGGUAGGUACCUGUAGGCACACUUACACACCUUAUCCAUAGCACCUUUGGUGCCUUGGCGCUGCACCUUUCGUCGAUUUGUUUCGCCUUAUCAGGGUUAGGGGGGCGGGCACGCGACCAACUGACAGAGGGCCACCCAUCUCCCUCUGUGGCUGCAAGCCAUAUCAUGUCAUCAACGGGCGACGUACAGACAAAGUUAUCCUUCCUCAUAUCAAUCCUGGGCCAUCCAUUUUAGGUUCUUGUCAUGGCAGGAAAAGCGGAUGAUCGCGGGGCGAAUAAUGCACCUGCGCAGCCACCCUCUCCACCUCGCCCGACAUCUCCGAAGGUUGACCGAGACCAGUGUGACAAGACGCGGGAGGUCAACCAAUCCCGUGACCAUGAUCAUGAUAGUCACAGUAGAUAUGACAAGACUGGUGCUUCAUCGCCAACCACCCGAGACAGCGAUGAUGACCAGCCUGGCCAGCCGCCCAGGAAACGACAGAGAGUCAGACUCUCUUGUCUAGAGUGUAGGCGAAGAAAGCUGAGUUGCGAUCGGUCUAUGCCAUGCGAGCGUUGCAUCAGAUCUGGAACUCCUGAGAUAUGUUCUUAUGAGACUCGGCCUGGUCUCGCUCCGCCGGCAAAAAAUGGACUCAGUCAGGGGGCACUAUCCAGUUUUGAGUCUAGACUAUCUCACCCUCCGCCUCCGCCAGGAGAAUACCGCAGGGACUCUAUCCUAUCUCGAGACAAUGAUCGAAUACGUCGUCUCGAGAGCGAAGUAGCUCAGCUGAAGAACCUUCUUUUGGCCAAGGUUGGCAGCAGCUCUUUGGAUGGAACUGCCACUCUUGCAGAUGGUUCACCUGCCGAGCACUCAAAGCCGGACUACGCCUCCGAAAUAGUCCCCGGGACACCGCCUCCUCGUCCGCCGAACAACCCCGAGCAGGACAAUGCUGCUGAGGAGGAUGAACUUCGGUUCUUCCGAGGCAAGGAGUUUAAAACCCGCUAUUUUGGCCCCCACAAUGCUUACAUGGCAUUUAGCGAGCUGACAAGCCUUUAUCCUUUCAUGAAGGAGACCGCUGAUGAGUGGCUAAGCCCACUACAUAUUCCCAAGAACAAGGACCGUAAUCAGCGUAAGCUUGAUCGUGAGAGGAAGGCACAGGAGCCAGACCCGACUCUGGAGGCUUUGCUGCCGACCAAGCAGGAGACAGACAUCCUUGUUGAGGUUUACCUGGAACAAUUUGAGCAGGUGUACCGUAUCAUACACACGCCAACCUUUCGAAAAUCAUAUGCCAGGUUCUGGGAUCCAAUGCUCCCUAGAACUGCGUCAUUCACCGCUCUAGUGCUUGUCAUGAUCUCGGUGUCUUGCUGCCUGCACGGUAAUACGUCGGGGACUCUUGUGGGUUCUGUUUCUCACGCUCAUUACAUGGCAGAGAAAUGGACCAACGCUUGUGAGAACUGGCACAGGAACCAGAGCGAGAAACAUCGGAAACUUAUUCAUCUCCAGAUAGCGUGCCUCAUUCACCUUUCAAAGAGAGUGAAUAUCUUGAAGAAGAAGCGCUUCUGGAAAUCCGCUGGAGCGUUGGUUCAAGAUGGAAUUUCUGUGGGUUUGCACCGCGAUCCUGGCCAUGUUAGCGAUAAAAUCUCUGUUUACAACCAGGAAAUGCGGCGGCGGCUUUGGGCAACCAUCCAGGAGUUUGACCUUCAGGCAUCUUUCGACCAUGGCCUUCCCAGCCUGCUCAGCUCGCUGCAUUUUGACAUUACGCCGCCUAGAAACAUUGAUGACGAGGAGUUUGAUGAGGAUGUCAAAUCACUGCCCAAAUCCAAGCCACCUAAUGUCUAUACGUUUUCCUCGUUUCAACACCUGAGCCGCCAAAGCCUGCCACUUCGGCUUGAGCUUAGCCGUGUGCUGACUGGGUCCCCGGAAGAACUGGACUAUGAGCGUGUCAUUAGGUAUACCAAUGAGAUAACCCAGGAGAUCGACUCGUUGCCAUCCUGGGAUCUCAUGGCUGCACCUACGUUGGGACCUGGUGCAGCUCCUGGCAGCAGCUUGAGCAGUCAGAUUUCCGUUUCAAGUCGCCGGCCACUGCUUGCAUACACGCUCCUGCAUAUACAGCUGCGGCAAUACAUCAUACCGCUACACCAACCAUACCUACGCCUCAGAAAGACAAACUCCAAGUAUCAAUACUCUGAAAUUGUUUACUACAAUGCUGCCAGAGAUAUGGUAUUGCUGCACGAUAAGUUGACUGAGCAGGGAGUCCGGACGCUCAGCUUCCUUAGAGAGGACGCAUUGACACUGUCCAUCAAUCUCUGUAGUGUGACCAUGCUGCAGCCAAGAGGUUCAACCAAUAUGGUCAUGGUCAAUUCAGAACACACCCUCCGACUUCUUGAAAAGUGUCUCGCUAUGAAGGAAGACCGCGUGCUUCGGUGUGGAAAUCAUGAACCGUGGGCCUAUUCUAUCAUGUGUGCUGCCUAUGGGCUUCUCGAGGCGCACUUGGGAGUCAAAACAGCCGAGGUGGCCAAGGCAGGAGCAGCGGAGCGGUUCGUGAAUCUACACUAUCGGCUAGUCAAGGGUGAAAACCCACCUGCAUCAUCGAUGCAAUCAAUUCUGUCAAACAGAGCUGCUCUGCAACAACCGCAGAACUAUGAGGGCCGGGAGAGGCAAAAGUCCAUUACGCCUUUUGCUAUUCCCAGCUCUCAAGGCUCGGCGAUGAAUGGAGUUCACCCUGGAGAGGCUCCGCCGACUCCGUGGUGGCUUAACCCCGUGGUUGAUCCAAGUAUACCUGCACUUCCACAGUCGUCAUUCAAUCCGGAAUUUAAUCUUGAGAACCUCGGCCUUAAUUUGAAUGAUCUUUGGAGUGAUGCUACAUUGGGAUUCUCCAACUGAAAGGGUACAGAUAUGUACCUAUCUGCUUGUGAUUCGAACAUAAUAUCAAGCCCGAUGAGGUGUCAGACAAAGACGCGAACAACAUCAAAUGUACGAUUAUCAUGAUUAACUACUACCAACGGCACACAACCAGUGCCCUCUGGGGCUUAUUUAAGAUCAAUUAUAUUAAUUCUACCUUGAACAACAAACAACUCGCAACAUUGCCGCCAAGUGCCAUCCUGAGUUACUUUUGUACGCUUUCCGA